CGAGUUCUGCGAGGGAAACUCUCAUCUGACAGGAAGUUCAUCAGUGUUGAUUUUGUAAAAUGGACAAAAAAUCUCUUCAGAGAAUUGUCAAACAUAAAGUCUUCCUCAUAGAGACUUUAUCUGCAGAGGCCGAAUUCAUCUUGCAGAAUGUGCAACAGGAAAAUCUUAUUACUCGACGUGAAUACAUGAACCUCACUGAUAUUCAUGAAAGACAGAAGAGAGUCAUCAACCUACUUGACAAACUCAUGGGAAAGGGGGAGGAAACUUGUCGCAAGUUCAUAGACCUUUUAAGACAGGAUAGUAUUUUGGAAAAUUGUCCAACAUUAAAGGAUCAUGCCAUUUUUGAUGCUCCAGUACAGGUGACGUCAAUACAGGUCUCUCAAUACAAAAUAUCACAAAUUCCACGUGGUAUCUGCGUAAUCAUCAAUAAUGUAAAUUUUACAACCAUGAAUGGAAGAAGCGGAUCAGAUGAGGACCAAAAGUAUCUUGACAAAGUUUUCCGCUGGCUGGGGUUUAAGGUGGUGGUGCACAGAAAUAAAACUGCAGAUGAAAUGAAGAAUCUCCUCACAGACCUGGGUAAAACAGUAGAUGGAGACUGCUUUGUAUGCUGUGUCCUCUCCCAUGGCAAAAAAGAAGGAGUCUGUGGAACCGAUGGUGGUGUUGUUUCUGUUGAUGAAAUACGGGAGCCUUUCAAUGGCAUUUACUGCCGAAGCCUAGCCGGCAAGCCCAAACUGUUUUUUAUACAGGCAUGUCGUGGGGGACAAAAUCAACAUGGUGUGAAAGUCCAAGCGGAUGCUCCAGAAGAUGGAGAGUCAGAGAUGGAUGUGGAUGGUGAUGAUUUUGAUAUCACAAUCCCAGCUGACACGGAUUUCCUCAUUGCCAGGUCAACCACUGACGGUCACUAUUCUUAUAGAAAAUCAGAAGAGGGCUCCUGGUUUAUUCAGUCACUCUGCCGAAACCUAGAGAAUCAUUGUCCACUGGGUACAGACAUCCAGACGAUCCUGCUUUGUGUGAAUAAUGACGUUAGCAGUCAGGGGAUCAAAUGCAAACAAAUGCCUGUCCAUGAAGUCGCCAUGAGGAAGAAACUGAUCCUGCAGCCAGUGAACCACUGAACCACUGAAAGCUCCUACAUAUGUCAUGCCAAGAUGGCUGAAUAUGUCUU